AGUCCCAAGGAUGGAACAUAGUUUGGCUAACUUGGCCUACAGCCCAGGUGGCUUUUAAAAUCCAAAAAAAUAUUAUAGCCCAGCCAUCCAAAUGAAUAUCCUUUCUACCUUUCUAAGGCAUUCUUUGCUUGCACUGCCUUGCACGUGGAGAAUAAAGGGAGAAUAGAAAAGCUACAUAGGAAGAAAAAAAAAAAGAGAAAAAAGAGAAUGCACACAAUCGAUGGAAAAAACAGAAAGAAAAGUAGAAGAAAUUGUUUAACUGUUUCUUAGAGUUGUCGACUUUGUCACUAAACUUAUAUUGCACCUUUGCACUCACCUUCAAGGCUUAAUUCAAGAAGUGAACCAAGCUUAUUUAACCCCAUCAAGCUUGAAAUCCUGAGUCCGCAACAUUCUCAACCGAUCGAUCAAGUUGCUCCCCGAAACUUCAACAACCCAACAUGGAGAAAACCACACCGUCGCAUCCAACCCUUCUCUUCCUCACCGUCGUCCUCCUGAUAACCGCGCAGCCAUCACAGUCGUUCGCCUACUCGCAGUACCGAACCCUCUUCUCCCUCUCCCACUCGCUCAUGACGCGAGUGGCCAACCUCCGCGAGGCACGUGGCGACGUUUCGGGGGCUGACCGGGCCAGGCUCGUCGCGGCAAAGCUGGAAGGGGGGCUCGUGGGCGGGUGGGGGUUCAUGUGGUCGGCGGCCUGGGACUACAUGAAGAACUACGCAUGGAGGGAGUUGCCCUAUUCGGAGGUAUACGGUGCCGUUUCGGACGCGAACGAAUUGCUCAGGUGGCUGGGUGAGUUGGGUCGAAAGGAAUCGGACUCGGAGAGAGCCGCUUGGGUGGGACAGAAUUACCGAAGUGUCCUCAGAGUCUCAAAUUCGCUACUCCGUAGGCUCCUCACGGUGUUCUAUCACUCGGGAACGUUGAGAGAAUUGGUGAAGGCAGUGCAAAACGAGGUGGAGGAGGGGGAGCUGUUGAAGGAUUUUCUUGAAUUGGGCACCAAUGAUUUCAAAGGUUUGAUCCAAAUUCUCAAGGAUUUGGGAUUAAAAUACGGUUCCUCUACUAUGCACCAAGAUUUAUGACAUAUAUGUAGUUAAUUUGUAAUUUGUAAUCCUUUUACUACACAGAAAAGAAAACGAGACCAUUAAAUUUUUUGUCUGUUGGGUUAUUUGUAUUUUCUUCUUGUAUGUUUGAUGAACUUGAAAUGAAAAGCUCCUUUAUUUUAGAAAUAAUGAAUAAUUAUAGUGUUAUCUCCAUUUGGAAAAUUCAUCAUUUUUUUUUUAUCACAUCACUAACACAUUUUUUUACCCUCUUAGUUGUAUCUCCCUUCUAAUUUGACC